UCUAAGCGCUUUUCUGCUAAACAGAUGUCAUGUGAAAUCUUCAUUGAAUAACAGCAUUUUGAAACUGUGAUUCUGAUUUGUUUUGAUGAAAGAUUUUAGUUUGACUUGUCAGUCAUUCUUAUGUAGAAAGAAUUUUUUUUGUGCGUCAACUUUGUGUCGUGACAACUCUUCCAGAACGCUAAAAAGCUCUAUCUAUCCGCUUAGAAACCAUCAAAAAUGGCGGACGCCGGAUCUUAUUAUGACACAAAUGAUCCAGAAUUAAAAUACCUGAUUGUGGAUCGGAACUUAAUUAACGAUCCAACUGCUCAGGCGGAGUGGACAGCAAAGAAAAUGGUCUGGAUACCGCAUGAAACAAAUGGAUUUGUCGCUGCCAGCAUUAAGAAAGAAAGAGUGGAUGAACUGGAAGUUGAAAUAGUAGAAACAAAUAAAAGGUGUGUCGUUGCUAAAGAUGAUGUUCAAAAAAUGAAUCCUCCUAGAUUUUCAAAGGUUGAAGAUAUGGCUGAUUUAACAUGUUUAAAUGAAGCAUCUGUUCUCUACAAUCUUAAAGAUCGCUACUUUUCGGGCCUCAUUUAUACAUAUUCCGGCUUGUUUUGCGUGGUGGUAAAUCCCUACAAACGACUGCCCAUCUACACAGAGAAAGUAAUAGAACUGUACAAAGGCAAGAAACGUCACGAAGUCCCCCCUCACAUUUUCGCCGUCACCGAUGGCGCUUAUCGGAGUAUGCUGCAAGAUCGAGAAGACCAGUCCAUUCUUUGCACUGGGGAGUCUGGUGCUGGUAAAACAGAAAACACAAAAAAAGUCAUUCAGUACUUAGCAUAUGUUGCAUCAUCUAAGCCAAGGUCAUCAUCAGCUCAUCAUUCUAAUGGGCCUACUCCUGCACAAAUUAUAGGAGAGCUAGAACAGCAAUUGUUGCAAGCAAAUCCAAUCUUAGAAGCUUUUGGAAAUGCCAAAACUGUUAAAAAUGAUAAUUCAUCUCGUUUUGGAAAAUUCAUUCGAAUAAAUUUUGAUGCAUCUGGUUUUAUAGCUGGUGCUAAUAUUGAAACAUAUCUUUUAGAAAAAUCCCGUGCGAUUAGGCAAGCAAGUGAUGAACGUUCCUUUCAUAUAUUUUAUCAGAUGCUUUCUGGGACCACUGCGGAACAAAAACAGGAAUUCUUGUUAGAAGAUGCAAAGGUAUAUAGGUUUCUCACAUGUGGUGGACUGGCCGUACCAGGUGUGGAUGAUGGUCUAGAAUUUAAAAAUACUGUUAGUGCUAUGUCCAUUAUGGGUCUUUCAUCUGAAGAUUUGUCUGCUAUUUUUAGGAUAUUAUCUGCUGUGUUGUUGUUUGGUAAUAUGGAAUUUCAACAAGAAAGGAAUGCUGACCAGGCAUUUUUAAGUGAAACUACUGUAGCACAAAAAAUUGGCACACUUCUAGGUUUGAAAGUGACUGAUAUGACGCGAGCAUUUAUUAGGCCCAGAAUCAAAGUUGGCCGAGACUUUGUCAAUGCUAAUGUUUUUCUGGGUAAAGAUCUCCAAAACAGGCCGGUCUCAUCUGCAUUCCCUAGUAUGGACAUUGUUCAUUGUAGUCAAGUAGUCAAGAGGCUAGUGAUCAAGUCAAGACUUCUCAAGAUGUGA